AUGUGCCUCUUCCAAUGGAAGGUCCAGGCUGAGAUAGACAGAAUGAUAGGCCAGUCCUGCCAGCCCAACAUGUGUGACAGACCCAACAUGUCCUACACUGACGCUGUCAUCCAUGAGACACAGAGGAUGGGCAACAUUGUGCAGCUGGGUUUCCCCAAGAUCGCCAGCAAAGAUGCAACACUGGGGGGAGGUGGGCAGUCUGUGAGUUACAGUCUCUCUGCAACGGCCAUCUACACCAACCUGUCUUCGGUGCUGUUUGACAAAGACGAGUAGGAAACUCCAUACACCUUCAACCCAGAGCACUUCCUGGAUUCUGACGGACAGUUCAGGAGGAGAGACGCCUUCCUGCCUUUCUCUCCAGGUAUGCGUGUGUGUCUGAGGGAGCAUCUGGCCCGUAUGGAGCUGUUCCUGUUCUUCUCGUCCCUGCUCCAGCGGUUCUCCUUGUCUCCAGUCCCUGGAGCCAUGCCCAGUCUGGAGGGGGUCCUGGGGUUCAUUCACUACCCAGAGGACUUCCUGUUCCAAGCCCUGCAGCGGUGA